CUGGAUCGUCUUCAGUGCAGUUUCGGAUCUCGACCGAUCAACGUGUCCAAAACAAUUUUGUCUUUUUCUACUUCUUUUCAGAGGGGGGAAAAAGAAAAUAGGACAUUUUAAGACAACAAUUAAAUAAAAUUUGAAGAAUUUUGAAAAAAAAAAAAAAAAUCGGGGGAGAGAAAAAUAGUAUUGGCAACAUUCCAACAAUUCUUCUGAGCGGCGCCAUUUUUCAGCUGCUAUCGAUUCCAGUGUGGUGUUUUCCUUCUUCCUUCCUUCUUCCUUCUUCUUUCCUUUUUCCUUCCUUUUUCCUAUUUCUCUCGUCUAUCCACUUCAAUCGUCACUUCCAAUUCACCCGAAAAUCCGUCUUCAGUGCGACACACGUUUUUUCUACUUGGCCAAUUCGUCGGAAGCUGAACAACAUUCUACACAACAACUUUUCGCUAAAGGACGUGUUACUUAAUUAAACUGUCACACAUCUCUUUUCUCUCUGAAAAAAAAUUCAGCGCCUAAUUGUUUGAAGUUCUACUGAUUCCACGUGAAAAGAAGUUGGAAGCACCAUGGCGGCUUUUGUGGCUAAACAGAUGCUUGGAAGCAAAAUGAACGCUGUUAAAGGUUUGGGAGGAAAUGACAGCGAAGACGGCGACACCAAAGACAAAGAUGAGGAGGCCGAGCGCGAGCGUUUGGAAGCCAUCAAGGAGGCCGAGGAGCGACGCAAGGAGAAACACCGCAAAAUGGAAGAGGAGCGCGAAAAGAUGCGACAAGACAUCCGCGACAAGUACAACAUCAAGAAAAAGGAAGAAGCUCCUGAAGCCGAGACUCAAAAGGAACCCGACAAUCCUUUGAUGCGGAAGAAAAAAACGCCAGAAGAGUUGGCCAAAGAAGCCGAAGAAGCCGACCAGGAUGAAUUGACAAAGCUGAAAAACACCCUGGAGACCCAGGUGAACGAGUGGAAGACGCAGAUUGAGAGCAAGUGCGUCGUUCAGUAGAUGUCACUUUGGCCACGUACUAAACAAAAUGAAACCUGUGCUGACCCGAGGAAAACCGUAAACAGCAGCAAGUUCCACAUGCCAUUAUUUAAAACGAGAAGGAAAAACAAAACAAAAAUGGAACGAAUUUUCAAAAUUACAGCGUGGAAGCAAAACGACAGCGGGAUAAUAAUUUUUAAAAAUCGUGUUAUAUAAAUUGAAUUGAAAAUAUCCAUCGAAGACUUACACACACACAUACAGGACCUCUGUAAAACAAGUCCCUCGCCCCGUUUUUUUUUUUUGUUAGUUUGUUAUAUUCUGGAAAUGAUUUUUUUCGUUCUUUUUCUUCGUGCUGUAUAGUUGAUUUGUGUAGAGGGAAUAUUGGGGGGAUGGGGUGGGAAGUGUAUUCCCCCAGUGAAGCAACGAUGCGUUAAACUAUGCAAAAACCAAAGAGACGGGCAAACAAACCAAAAAAAAUAAAUUAAAGAAAAAAAAAAUAGUUUUUUUUCCAAUUUUAUGUCCCAAAAAUCUAGAAAAACAAAACAAAACAAAAAAAACUGGGAAAAUGGAUGAAACAACAACAGUAUGAUUUGUUUCUUUUCGUAUCGUUACGUGUCUUAUUCCUUAUUUAUACUUUGUCAGGUAUGUUUAACUAACGUUCCAAUAAAAGUACGUUCAUUCCUGCAGAAAUAUUCCCCCUCCGUGAAUGCGUAUGUUGUCCCGAAGGGCCACGUAUCAAUUCCGGUCUUCUUUAAACAAAAACAAAGAUAGAUAUUUGAUAUGACGUUAAGUUUUGCUAUUUUCUUUCUUGCACUCGUUGUUGUUUUGGCGUAAUAUGUACGUAUUUACCUUGUUGCUCGUUUAGAAUUGCAACAUUGUAAAAGUAUUAUAUUGACGUCAUCAUUCCCUCUUUUAAAAAACAAACACGAAAAAAAUCAUCCAGUUUUCUUUGUUUUUGGUUUGAAUUAUGCCACCCAUUUUCCUCUGUCUCGCAAAUCAAUCCCCCCCCCCAACCCGAAAUAAUAAUUUAUUAUUGAUUUGAAUUUUUGUAAUAACCUCAGUUUUAGAGAAAGAGAGAGAAAGCUGUAACAAUUUUAUAGUCCCGUAAUGUAUAAUUCAUUAGGCUAUUAUCUCCCCCUCCCUCCGAAAAAUCAUUUUUAGUCAUGUGUGUGUACCGUGCUGUGUGUCGUGUGUGUGUGUGUGUGUGUAACACCACCGCCUGCUGUUAUAAUCCUAUAAAUAUAUUUAUAGGUUUUUUUU